AUGAAGGUUAUCUUCCUCUUCCCCGCGGUACAAAAUUCGCCGUCUUACUUUAAGGGGAGGGGUCACCCGUCCGUGUGCGGGGGUCACCCGUCCGUGUGCGGGGGUCACCCGGCCGUGUGCGGGGGUCACCCGGCCGUGUGCGGGGGUCACCCGGCCGUGUGCGGGGGUCACCCGGCCGUGUGCGGGGGUCACCCGGCCGUGUGCGGGGGUCACCCGGCCGUGUGCGGGGGUCACCCGGCCGUGUGCGGGGGUCACCCGGCCGUGUGCGGGGGUCACCCGGCCGUGUGCGGGGGUCACCCGGCCGUGUGCGGGGGUCACCCGGCCGUGUGCGGGGGUCACCCGGCCGUGUGCGGGGGUCACCCGGCCGUGUGCGGGGGUCACCCGGCCGUGUGCGGGGGUCACCCGGCCGUGUGCGGGGGUCACCCGGCCGUGUGCGGGGGUCACCCGGCCGUGUGCGGGGGUCACCCGGCCGUGUGCGGGGGUCACCCGGCCGUGUGCGGGGGUCACCCGGCCGUGUGCGGGGGUCACCCGGCCGUGUGCGGGGGUCACCCGGCCGUGUGCGGGGGUCACCCGGCCGUGUGCGGGGGUCACCCGGCCGUGUGCGGGGGUCACCCGGCCGUGUGCGGGGGUCACCCGGCCGUGUGCGGGGGUCACCCGGCCGUGUGCGGGGGUCACCCGGCCGUGUGCGGGGGUCACCCGGCCGUGUGCGGGGGUCACCCGGCCGUGUGCGGGGGUCACCCGGCCGUGUGCGGGGGUCACCCGGCCGUGUGCGGGGGUCACCCGGCCGUGUGCGGGGGUCACCCGGCCGUGUGCGGGGGUCACCCGGCCGUGUGCGGGGGUCACCCGGCCGUGUGCGGGGGUCACCCGGCCGUGUGCGGGGGUCACCCGGCCGUGUGCGGGGGUCACCCGGCCGUGUGCGGGGGUCACCCGGCCGUGUGCGGGGGUCACCCGGCCGUGUGCGGGGGUCACCCGGCCGUGUGCGGGGGUCACCCGGCCGUGUGCGGGGGUCACCCGGCCGUGUGCGGGGGUCACCCGGCCGUGUGCGGGGGUCACCCGGCCGUGUGCGGGGGUCACCCGGCCGUGUGCGGGGGUCACCCGGCCGUGUGCGGGGGUCACCCGGCCGUGUGCGGGGGUCACCCGGCCGUGUGCGGGGGUCGCCCGUCACCUGCCUGUGUUCUAGUUCUCACCGACUCUCAAAUUAAACUGUUCUCCAAGAGAAUAACAAAGGUGAAGGGAACAGCUAUAUUGUCAAGGUACAGGAAAAGUGAAGUUUUAGCUAACAAUCCCCAAAAGAAAAUAAUAUUAGAGAUAUGGAAGAAAAAUGUCAUGGGUAAAGUUGAGACGAAAGGAAAUUUUGGUAGCAUCCUAACUGGACUUCACAUGAUUCGUCGAGACGCCAUUAAACGCCUGGGCUACACGGAGACUGAGCUUACAUGA